CCACCCCGCAAUCUUUCGGACAGGGGCGAAUAUCAGUUACGCUUACCUCCAAACAAACAAUGUGGCUGAGCCACACUGCGCCGUAGAAGAUGGAUAUUUCAAAACACAAAGCUGUUUAUUGAUAAAGGCCGAUGCUAGAGGACUCUUUCAUUGGCGGAAUAUAUAUCAGUCUGCAGUAAGUAUCGCUUUUGUCUGUGGUCUGCCUGAGGAUCAACAAGUGGAUUGGCGCCGCUAGCGCGCGAGCGUCUCAAGUGCGGUCAUCGCAGAGACUUGACUAACGAAUCUUCCUGAACAUGCUGAGCUUCCUUCGCCGGACUUUGGGCCGGCGGUCCAUCCGCAAACAUGCUGAUAAAGCUCGACUCCGGGAAGCCCAGCGAGCCACAACACACAUCCCUGCUGCUGGAGAUGCAAAGUCCAUCAUCACCUGCCGAGUGUCUUUGUUAGAUGGCACAGAUGUCAGUGUUGAUUUGCCGAAAAAAGCCAAAGGUGCAGAGCUGUUUGAACAGAUCAUGUAUCACCUGGAUAUUGUCGAGAAGGAUUACUUUGGCCUGCGCUUCAUGGAUUCAGCCCAAGUACCGCACUGGCUUGAUGUCACCAAGAGCAUCAAAAAGCAAGUCAAAAUUGGACCACCAUAUUGCCUCCAUAUGAGAGUAAAGUUCUACUCCUCAGAGCCCAACAACUUGCACGAGGAGCUGACAAGAUACCUUUUUGUACUACAGUUAAAGCAGGACAUUCUCAGUGGCAAAUUAGAGUGCCCAUUCGACACAGCAGUGGAGUUGGCUUCGUAUGCUUUACAGGCUGAAUUGGGUGAUUGUGACCCUGCUGAACACGGACUUGACCUGGUGUCAGAAUUCCGCUUCAUCUCAGACCAGACGGAAGAAAUGGAAGCAGGCAUCUACAAUGCAUGGAAGGAGUGCAGGGGCCAGAUGCCAGCACAAGCUGAGAUAAACUACCUGAAUAAGGCCAAAUGGCUGGAGAUGUAUGGGGUGGACAUGCAUAUGGUCAAGGCACGGGACGGAAAUGAAUACAGCCUAGGUUUGACCCCCACCGGAGUGCUCGUGUUUGAGGGGGAAACUAAAAUUGGCCUGUUCUUCUGGCCCAAGAUCACGCGUCUGGACUUUAAGAAAAGCAAACUCACCCUGGUGGUAGUGGAGGAUGAUGAACAGGUAAAGCAGGAGACAGAAGAGGGGAAAGAGCAGGAGCACACGUUCGUCUUCCGCAUGGACCAUCCGAAGGCUUGCAAGCAUCUGUGGAAGUGUGCCGUUGAGCACCAUUCCUUCUUCCGCCUACGUGGCCCGGUCCAGAAGAGUUCAGCCCGCUCUGGGUUCGUCCGCAUGGGCUCACGUUUCAGAUACAGUGGGAAGACAGAAUAUCAGACAACUAAGGCCAACAAAGCUAGACGUUCUGCCUCAUUUGAAAGAAGACCAAGUCGCCGUUACUCUAGAAGGACCAUGCAGAACAGAGGUCCUAAAAAAUCCUCAGAUAACCACAAUAACGGAGUGAGCCCAAGCUUAGAAACAAAGCCCACCCAAACACGGCCUCCCUGGUCUGGUAUGCCUGUGGUCAGCAGCCCACCCUCUGCACCGGGACCCAUGGAAAUCGAAACCCUCCCUAGGAGCCCCGGAAGCAGCCAAUCGGACAAGAGGAGCAUACCCUUGGUGACUGACCUCUUGGAGACAUUCAUAGAUGAGGUUCUUCGAGUCCCUGUUCCCAUGGUAACAGCAGAAGAAGUGGGACCAGGUUCUGCUCAUACCACUGCCAGCACAGCCGCAGAGGAGACCCUCUCUCUGACCGAGGCUGCAGCUCGGCUCAAGCAACUAGAGAUUGAAAACACUCCAGUGUCUGCUCCAGCCAGAACCAAUGUCAACCUCAACAUGAAUAACCAGGAGGAAGUGGUAAAAAUAACAGAAAAAAGUUUGAAUAGUGUGAGCAGCAGUCCUGUUCUGAACCAGCUCAAAGCUCAAGAUGAACUCAAGAGCAACGUCCUGAAAGCUCAGGCAGAGGCAGCGCUCAAGGAUUGUAGAGAUGAGCUUGGACUGGCUCCAGACAAGAACUGUAACCUACAGGAAGCAGCAGCCAGAUUGACGGGUCAUGGGGGGCGUAUGGGAAGCACAACCUCUCUGCCAGUGAGUGGGAGAGCGGAGCGCCAGGAGUCCUGGGACCUGCUAAAACAGCCCGGCCUGCUGCCCUGCUCUACCAGCAGCCUGGAAGAGAACGCAGAUGACUUCAUCUCUUCUGUGACUUCAUCUCUGUCAUCAGAUCCAGUGAAUGAAGCCCAGUCAUCCAAGGUCAAAGGUCAGGAUUCUGAGCCGCUGAGAGCCCCUCUGACUGAUAACCUGAUAGACUUCACAGACCCCAUUCCUGUAGUGCCAACUCCAAAACCCACAAUCACUCCUCGUUGGAUCAUUCCAGCUUCAACACCUAUACAGUCUGGCACCUUUACUAACGGCCUCCUUGACUGUACAGCAAAGAUGUCAUCUCACCAUCCUGAAGGGGCUGCUAUUUCCCCACUCCCAAAUCUCUCUCACACUCACAAUGUGAUUGCCACCAGUAUUGUGGCUUACCCAAUCAUGGACGACAACCACAAGCCCAAAGGUCUGCUGACCACUGAACUCUGAGAGCGACACCUUGAGCACAUGCCCAACACCUGUCACAGGUCCAUCAAAUGUUUUCCUACAUUCCAGUGCCCUUACAAUGCAGGCACAGACAACUGGACUCUGGUCAUGCAUGGGGUUGCAGUUUCAUCUUCAAGAAUGCUGGGUUUUGACAGAUGGCAUCCGCAAGCCCAGAUCUCAACACUGAGGACCAAGAAUCACAAAGGGCUAACAGCAGGAUCCAGUGUUUGGGGACCACCAUUCCUUUUAUAAUUUUUAUACCAGUUUUGAGUGACUCUAUACAGGUGUAGCAGAAGCACAUAAAUGACCCAUUCCUGUCGCAACGAGAUGUUUGAUCAUCUAGAAUGUUUGAUCCACCCACUGUCCACUUCCUGUUUAGAUCUUCUCUGAUUGGAUGACUGUCAAAGAGCUUGUGAACCCUUGCAUCACUGACUAUUUUUAGAACUAGUAGUUUUUCCUACAGAAAUUCUAUUUUUUCUUCUUCUUUUUUGCCUUUCUUUUACUCUGCUUUCUAUAUUCUUAUGAAGUAGCUGCAUUCAUUAUUACACUUGUAAGUACUGUACUGCACUCUACACUGCACAUUUGUUAGAGCACUAUUGUGUAGCAUUGGGCAACUACAGUCAUGAAGUCAUUAAGACAAGAUUUGCUGUUUGAAACUUUUAUCAAUGCUGUUUUUAUCCAAACAUAGUAGUUUUGACCUGCCUUAUUUUAAUAGCUCAUAUAAGAUUUUAAAUGCACAUGGACAUAUUACAACAUAACAUGUUACAGUGUAAUUUGUCAUCUACUGUGUUUAAUUGAAAUAUUUCACUGGGUGUUCUGUGUAGUGUGUAAAUGCAGUUCUUAAGUGUUUCACGGUUUAAAAAUGCUGUAUGAGAUGUUAUGUCAGAUACAGGAGAAGCUGAGACCUCUGUCACCCACUGGCUUAUACAAUAUCAAAACUUAAAAAGAUCUGGACCAUGUAAACAAACUAAUAUACGGGGGGAAAUCAUUUGCGAUAUGUGUCAGUGGUUACCGCAAAUGAGAGGCCUUUCAUGGACCCUUCCUCCUCCACUGCAAGCAUUUGCUGCUGUUUUUCAGUACACUGAAAAGUACGUAAUUGGUAUAAUCACUGGAUCUGAAAUCACUGGGAGGAAAUGUUUGAAGGUCAAAUUUGAACUUUUUAUAAAGUCAGUUCUUGUAAAUAAUUAUACGUCAGAUUUUUUAAAGUUGUUUGUAUGGUCUACAUGUUCUGAUUUGCUCUAUACUCCUGUCUUUAGUGGAAGUGCUCAAUCACAGAAGGCAGUUGUAACAGGAAUCCAUUGAUAUGCUAAUCAUUUUGUUCUCCAAGUCUCACACUGUAGGCUUAUUUACAUAUAUGAAUGAUCUGUAGAUGUCACAGCAGUGAUCUGUUUAUAUCAAUACAUUGACUGUAAGCCUUGUAAUUUUGUAUAAUGUGAUGUUUCACAAGUAAAAAAUAUUUUAACAUUGUUAUUG